GCUGCAGGUUUCUUGUUGUUUCCCCAUUGCUCAGGUGACAGCACUCCCACAAAAGGGGAGGAUUGGGGUGGAGGUUCCUGCUGGCCCCGAGCCCAGGGCUGACACACACACAGGAGGAUCUGGGAGCUGGUACUGGUUCAGCAGGGCUGGGAGCAGCAGAGAGCUGCAGCUGCUGGGGUGUGAGCAUUGGCAGAACCACAGGUACCACUACCCUUUCUCCCCAGCCAGAACCCAGGAACACAAAGCCUCCCCUGGAGAGGAUUCAGUCCUAAAAAUAGAUGAAACAUCUCUGAUGGUUCCAUGGAGGAGGGAUGUGCUGGUGCUGACACCAUGGCUGGCUCCAAUUGUCUGGGAAGGCACGUUCAGCAGAGACAUCCUGGAUGCUCAAUAUCUGCAGAAGAACCUGGUCACUGGAGUGGUCACUUUUGCUGUUGAAAACUACGUCCAGUUCAUAGAAGGGUUCGUGAGCUCUGCCAACAAAUACUUCCUUGCUGGGCACCCCGUGAACUUCUACCUGUUCACAGACUGUCCUGAGAAGACCUCCCACCUUCAGAUGGCCCCUGAGAACCACCUGUUUGUCAUCCCUGUCCAGCAUGACCCCAGGUGGCAGGACAUCUCCAGGAGCCGCAUGGACAUCCUCAGCUCCUACAUCCAGAGCCAGUUCCAGCACGAGGUGGAUUAUCUGUACUCCGUGGAUAUCAAUGUCCAGCUCCUGGCACAUAUUGGCGUGGAGAUCAUCGAUGCCCUGGUGGCCACCAUCAGCUCCUGGCAGGUCACCCCACAGCAGGAGGACAAAGCCUCUGAGACACACCCUGAGUCACAGCCUGCCCUCCCUGAGGGACAAGGGGACUUCCACUACACUGCCAGCUUCUAUGGGGGCAGCGUGGCUGAGGUGUACAAGCUGAGCAGAGCCUGCUCUGCAGGGCUGCUGCAGGACAGAGAAAAUGGCAUUGAGGGUCCCUGGCACCACGAGAGCCACCUCAACAGGUACCUCCUGCAGCACAAACCCACCAGGCUGCUGUCCCCAGAGUACUACUGGGACACAGAGCUGAGCUCCAGCAGCAUCCUGGUGAAGAGGAUGUGCCCUGUGCACCAGCAUGGCCAGAGGCAAGAUCCUCAAACACAGAGUGUGAGGCCUUUCUUCUUCUCUGUGUGAAGUUUCCCUCAUCUGCUGUUGGGAAGGAUGAAAGUUUGACAACAAAGUCCCACAGAUGCUUAGCAGAAAGAUUUUGGAAUGUAGAGUUUGAUGAAGGAAUAGAGAUGGAAGCAAAUUUUGAUAUAGAAGAAAAGAAUUGCUGAGCCAAUUUUACUGGGUAACCAAGGAGGCAAAGGGUGUGUUAGUUAGAAGGGGUUUUUAUGGCUUAGAGCAAAGGAUAAACCCACCUCAGACAACAAGAUGUUUUUACCAGAAAGAGCAGAAAGAGCACAGGCAAACAAGGCAGCAAAUGUUGCAAGUAGAAAAAAGG